AUGUCUAUAAAAACCGAACCAUACAUACAUAUUUCUCGUAUUCAUUCUUGCUCUUUGCGCAAUGGAGUACCAGAGAGGAGCCGAACAAAAUUUUACACAAGAUGGGACUACUGAUCUUAAGGGUAGACGUGCGCAAAGAUCAACGACUGGAAGAUGGAAAGCGUGUUAUUACAUGUUAGGACUUGGUUUGUAGGGUAUGAAGUAUGUGAAAGAAUGGCAUAUUAUGGCAUAGCAACGAAUUUGGUGUUAUACUUGACAACGAAAUUACAUGAAGGCACUGUGAAAUCAUCAAACAAUGUCACAAAUUGGGUUGGAACCGUCUGGAUGACUCCUCUUUUAGGCGCAUAUAUUGCUGACACAUAUUUGGGCCGAUACUGGACUUUCAUGAUUGCUUCGCUCAUUUAUCUGCUGGGUAUGGGCCUCUUGACUCUAGUGGUUUCAUUACCAUCCUUAAAGCCACCAACAUGUGGUAAAAAUGUGAGUUACUUAGAUUGUGACAAAAGGGCCUCUUCGUUCCAAGUUGGUAUAUUCUAUUGUGCACUAUACAUUAUUGCAAUAGGGACCGGUGGAACCAAGCCCAAUAUCUCCACAAUGGGUGCGGAUCAGUUUGACGAUUUUGAGCCCAAGGAAAGGGCCCAUAAGCUCACUUUCUUCAAUUGGUGGGUGUUUAGCAUUUUUUUUGGCACACUUUUCUCAAAUACAUUCUUGGUCUACAUUCAAGAUACCGUGGAUUGGGGGUUAGGGUACGGUAUCCCUACUCUCACGCUACUUGUGGCCAUAAUAGCAUUUGUGUUUGGAACACCGGUUUAUAGACACAAACCAAGAGUCGAAAGCCCGUUUACUCGAAUGGCCAAGGUACUAGUCGCAGCGGCAAGAAAGUGGAAUACAAGUGUACCCGUUGACUCGAAAGAGCUUUAUGAGUUGACAUUCGACCAUUAUGCUAGUCCUGGAAAGUAUAGAAUUGACCAUUCAUCUUCAUUAAGGUUUCUCGACAAAGCCGCAUUGAGGGUUGGAGAACCGGCAUCUGAAUGGUACCUAUGUCCGGUUACACAAGUCGAGCAGACAAAGCAAAUGGUCAAAAUGAUCCCGGUUUUGUGUGCAACAUUCAUUCCUAGCACACUAAUAGCCCAAACCAACACACUUUUCAUCAAACAAGGCACCACGUUGGUUCGGUCCAUAGGCCCGAAUUUUGAAAUCCCACCAGCUUCUUUAUCUGUUUUCUUUACCAUCUCAAUGCUUAUUAGCCUUGUGGUUUAUGACCGCCUCUUUGUUCCCUUCGUUCGAAAGUACACAAAGAACCCGAGAGGUAUCACUAUGUUACAACGAAUGAUGGUUGGGUUAAUCAUCCAUAUCAUCACUAUGACAAUUGCUUUUCUUGUAGAAAGACAUCGACUAAGCGUCGCUAAAGAUCAUGGUAUAAAUAAACCCGGGCAAAUUGUGCCUCUAAAAAUAUACAUUCUCCUUCCCCAAUUCGCAUUGAUGGGUGUUGCUGAUUGUUUCUUGGAAGUAGCAAAAUUCGAGUUUUUCUACGAUCAAGCGCCCGAAGGAAUGAAAAGUAUUGGGACAGCUUAUUUCACUACCAGUAUUGGCAUCGGAUAUUUUCUUAGUAGUUUCAUUUUAUCUACCGUGGCUAAUGUUACAAAGAGGAAUGGACACCAUGGUUGGAUUCUAAACAACCUUAACAUGUCCCACCUCGACUAUUAUUACGCAUUUUCUACGAUUUUGAGCUUCGUGAACUUCCUUUUCUUCCUUGUCGUCGCUAAAAACUUUGACUAUAAUGUCGAAGUCAAUGAAGUUGAGCCAGAGUUAAAAGAAGAUAUUGGAAAGAUCACCGAACAAAGUUACGUUGCUGGGUAAUAUGGUUCUAGUUUGAGCCAAUGCCGAUGGGAUAAGGGGUUAUUAUGUAUAGUUGGUUGUAUAAUUUCGUUUAUGCGCAUAAUUCUGUUAAUUAUAAAUAGUGCUUAUAAGUUUUAAACUUAAUCA